AUGGCGGUUGUGAACAUGUCGUUCUACCGCUGGGAGAGCGUCACGCCGCCGCCCGUCUUCGACUGGCGCACGGCUACUUCCAUUACGCCCAUCCAGACGCAGUUUCAGUGCUCAAGCUGCUGGGCGAUCGCAGCCAUCGAUUCCGUCGCCAUGAUGUGGUCCAUUGCCAACAAUGCCACAGCAGAACAGCUGUCACCGCAGCAAGUGUGCGACUGCGCGACGAAGCAGUGCUGCCAGGGCGGGUGGCCCGAGUGGGCCUUUUCCUACGUGCUCUUCAACGGCGGCGUCACGUCCAACGCCAACUACCCCUACCUCGCCUACGAUUCCGCCACGUGUCUGCUCGACACAUCCAUGCCGUCAACGGCGCAGAUCACGGGGUGGGAGCUGGUGCCGGCAUUCAACGCCAUGGCGCUCAUGAAGGCCGUGACGAAGCAGCCCGUUGUCGCAUUCCUUAGCGCGUCGUCCACGGACUUUGUGGUACGCUCACCGGUUUUGACGCGUCUCUCUCCCCCGCCGCUUUCCGGUGUUUCUCGUCCUUCGUUGCCGCAGAUGUACAAGAGUCGCGACGUGCUGAACAUUUACAACGGGCUGUGCACGACGGAGGUGAACCACGCGGUGGUGGUCGUGGGCUUUAACUACACCGGCCCCAGCCUCAACGGCAGCUACUGGAUCAUCAAGAAUUCGUGGUUCGAGACGUGGGGCGACCACGGCUACAUGUACCUCGCCAUGACGCCCGACGUGCGCGGGAAAUGCGGGCUGCUCUCAACCCCCGCCAUGUACCCCGUCUACUUCCCAUCGGGGCAGCAGCCGGCGCGCUUCUCGUCGGACAAGGGCGGCAAGUGGAAAAUCAACAAAGUGGACGACCUCUCGUCGUCGCUCUUCUCCUCCACCCUUUCUUUCGACACCGCCACAACCACCACCACCACUACCACAACCUCCGCUACGGUUGCGUCGUUCAGCGAUCCGACGAUCACCGAUUCCUCCUCUCUGCUGAUUGGAUCCACCACUGGAUCCACCACUGGAUCCACCAUUGGUUCCACUACUGGUUCCGCCACGUGCCCGGGGAUGAUCAACCCUGUUGCAGUGGCCAUGGGAGACACGUGUGCUUCACUCUCAGUUAAAUAUGUCAUCAGCACCUCAACUUUUGUAAACCUCAACCCAGGUAUCAACUGCAACAGCGCCCUCGUCGUGGGAAGCUACGUGUGUGUGGCGCCCAAAUCAUCCGCUACCACCAUCAACUGCACGGGGUGGUACCGGGUGAUGCAGGGCGACACAUGCCCCUCCAUCUGGAAUGCAGCCAACCUCACCAUGUCCAUGUUCCAAGCCAUCAACCCGGGCAUCCAGUGCCAGGCUCCCUACCUUGGCAUUGGCCAGCAGGUCUGCAUCGACUCGCCCAUCCUCACCACCAUGCAGCGAACUCCCAACGUCUCCUAUUCCAUUUACACCGUCCGCCCCGGUGAAACCCUCGCCGAUAUCUCCUCCAUCUACGUCCCCCGCUGCACGCCCAACUCCAUUUCACCUGUCAACAUUGCAGCAGCAAAUUUCAUAGUCAAUGCAUCAACACCGCUUGUUCCUGGCACGCAGCUGAUCAUCCCCUGUAUUGGCCGCAUCGGUAUAGUCGACUGCGGUUGCGCAGCGUCUCUCCAAGUGUGCGGGGCUGACAUGGUGACUUACCCGUCCUACUGCGAUGCCCUCUGUAACUACGCCGUCCCGCUCAUCUCAGACGUACCUUGUGUCGGCGGGUGUGUCAGCGCGUGUUUCAACCGCAUGGGUCUGGCUCCUCUUACUGGUUACGGCUGUACCCACGCCAUCUGCCCGUACCCCUCAUGGCCAUUUGAAGCUCCUUCGGAUUGCUCGAUCAUAGUUGGGAAUGUCACAGGUCCGUGCUGCACGUACAGGCGGAAUUCUUGCGACCAGGAGUGCACUCAAACUGCUGCUACGCUCGGGGGGACAACGGCUCAACGCACUGCCAACUACAACUCCUGCUACAGCCAGUGCAUGUGCUGCACUGCCAAUUCCUGCGGUGCUGGCUCUUGUAAGGCCCCCUCAUCCUGCUGGUCGGCCAGUCCCCGUCAGUGCAUCUAUGCCAACUAUCAGUACACGUGGAACUGUACCUAUUUCCCCCCUGACAGUCCUCUUCCUUAG